GGAUCACAUUAUAUACAUAUAGGGCAAACAUUCAAUGCACAUAGAAACGGGACAGAGACAGACGCAGAGGCAAUUUAACCUUCUCCUGAGGGAUGUUCAAUUCUGGCCACAGGGGGGAGCAGCUGCUUCAUUAUCCACUCUGACCACACUUGUAAAUUAGUUAAAUUUGCCUCCCCACUUUUGUAAGCGGUACCUUAUUUCCUACUUGAUAGAUGCAACUAUCUUUUGGGGUGCUAGGUCAGCAACGACGAGCAGGGGCUAUUUUUAAUUUUUUUUAAUUGACGGGUGCUCACCCCGCCACGGGCUGGCCUCGAACUCAUGACCUCAUGGUCAGAGUGAUUUAUUGCAGCAGGCUGCUCACCAGCCUGCACCACAGCCCGGCCCCAAAAUUGUCUAGUUUUGGUUCAAAUAUGGCUUUCAAAUGUUUCAUUGUUUGCAUUGCCAAGGCAAGAGUGGUGUAGGUCCGCACCCCAUUGAGCCCAGAUGGGAAGCCGGCGGAAGGCUUUCUGGAAGUAGGUGAACAGGUGAGUGACCCGUAUCUACCGUCCAUGCGUUUCGGGGUCUGUUUGCAUUCAAGUUCUUGUGCAUUGAGUUGCCUUUGUCCUGAUGUCUUGCUCCUGGGCUGCAAGGAUCAGGCCUUCUGUCUCCUUCUUCAGGGUCCCAUUCGUGAGCCAGAGCCAGGUCUUCUCCUUAUCAGCUUUUCCUUCAAUUUUGUCAAGGAACUUUCCAUGCAAUGUUUUGCUGUGCCAGCUGUCAGCUCUAGUUUGUAGUGCGGUUUUCUUGUACUGGUUUUUUGUCUGCUGUGUUUUGAGGAGUUUCUGAUUUUUGACUUCAAUCAAAGCAGGUUCUUCACUUUGCUUUACAUAUUCUGUUGUUAUUAUUAUUAUUAUUCGGAAUCCAUCGUGCUCUGUGUUCAGAUUUGGAUGGGAGCAAUGUCGAGCAGCGGCAUGGUGCACAUGUCCCCUUUGAAAUAAGCUGGACUCCCAGUCCUUGUGGCUCUAGAUGGAUGGAAAGGGCGCCUUGAGCAAACCCAGCGCCGCCUGCGCGCCAAUCCCACGCUUCGCCACUGAGAUGCACACUCUCCCUUCAAAAGGCAUCCAAACCCAAACCCGGCACCUUCAGUCUGCCAACUCUAUGUGCUGCCAUUGACUUGCAUACAAAAAUCUGUGCUGCUAAUUUUUUGGAAAAUAAAUCAAGGAUUCUAGUCCUCAUGGUUGCAAGUCAGAAGGAUUUUCACCGCUUGUGCAAACCCGGUGCUCUGCAAAGGUUGCACCAUAAUGGGUUGUUUUUAGCGUCUAAUGCUAUUGUUGUUGUUGUUGUUAUGAUGUCUCUCUCGAACCCAUUCCUUGCCCAGAGGAAGGCCAGAGGGGAUGCCAGCCACCCAUCUCCAUGCCCUCCUGGCCUUCCUCCCCUCCCCAUCCCCUCCUCCCCUCCGUUGCACAACUGCCUUCCUUCCCCCUCUCUCUCUCUCUCUCUCUCCGCCCAGUUGUGGUUGCACAACCCUUGCACCCUCCUCCUCCUCGUUCUCGUUCUCGUUCUCUUGGCAGGAGGGCAGGCUGCGCAUUGCCCUGGGCUCACUUCCCCAAAUGCCUGCUCUCUGCCUUCGGGCGCCAAGGGCCCGGGCGGGCAGCUCUGCAUCCUCCUCCUCAUCGCCAUGGGGCUUGAGGGCGCCCCCCUGACCCUGACCCUGACCCUCCUCGUGGCCACCCUCUCCUCGGCCCAGCCGUGCAUCAAGACAGCCGCCCCUCCCAACGUGAUGGUGGCCCACCCGGAUGGCAACGCCACUCUUCCCUGCCUGGACGGAGGGCAGCCGGACAACGCCACGGACGCUGCCCACUGGACGUUCAAUGGUCAAGACCUGCCGCCCUCCCUCCCCGGCCGCGGCCUCUUCCUCCCCCGGGUGCAGGCCAACCACUCGGGGUCCUACGCCUGCCACGUCAAGGGCCGCCCCGCCCGCACCUGGCGCCUGGUGGUCGAAGAGCCCCCCGAGGCGCCCGACUUCUCCUGCCGCCAGAAGAGCCUGAACAACGAGAUCCUCUGCGAGUGGAGGGCCGGGCGCACUACGUCUCUCCGCACCAAGGCCCGGCUGUGGGUCCAGAAAGGCUUCUUCCUUGGGGAGCAGCACUCGCACCCGUGCCGCUACUACUCCCGGUCGCAGAAGUUCUCCUGCCGGACGCACGGCCUGAAAGAGAAGGAGGACCUCAAGCUCUGGCUCUCCGUCUGCCUCGCCAACCUGGCCGGAGCCACCGCCUCCCGGCGCAAGUACUUCACGACCGAAACCUUGUUGAAACCGGACCCUCCGGCCAACGUGACGGUCAGUGGGGUGGAGGGGGCUCCGCGGCACCUGCGGGUCACCUGGGCCUACCCCCCGUCCUGGGGCCCCACCUUCUACCGCCUCGGCUUCCAGCUGCGCUACCGGGCCCAGGGCGCCCUCAACUACUCCCAGGUGUGCCUCCACCAUGCCUCCUCGUAUGUCAUUUCGGACGCCUUAAAGGGCCGCACGCACACCGUCCAGCUGCGCUGCCGCGAACAGUUCGACCACGGAGCCUGGAGCGAGUGGAGCCGCGAAGAUGUCUCCCAGCCCUGGACAGAACCCAAAGACCCGGAACCAGAAACCGUGACAAAUGCCUCAAAGGCUCCCCAUGGGGACCCUCCGCUCAGCCUGUCCAGCCUGGAAACUCCGCGGGAAGUGGGCCAGCGCUCCACGGCACCGCUCCCUCCCUGGACGCUGCCUGCGGUGACGGUCAUUGGGGCCUUGGGUCUGGCCUUGGCGGCCGCGCUGCUGACCUUCCGGUGUGGGAAGCGGCGGGGGGGCCCUCCUCCCUCCGGGGGGCGGAAGCCGUCCUGCGCCCUGGCCCCCCUCGCCAGCCCCCCUGCCCCCCCGGACUCCCCGCCAAGCACCUCCCCGCUGCUCCCCCCCGUUCCCCCCUCCCCCCCGGAGCCCCAGUUCAGCGAGAGUCCGGCCGACGGCCCCCCAGAACCGGGCCGGGGCCCCUACGACGUCGCCAACGCCCACUACUUCCUCCUGGGCAAGUGAGACCGUCCGGGACUGGACGCAAGGGGUCACCCCCUGGUCUGCAGAGCCGGACACAGCCGACGCAUCCGGACAGAAGGACCGACACCGCAGUCCGGUUGGAAGGGGGGACCCCCAAAGGCCAUCCAGUCCGUCCCCUGCUCU